AUGGAAGAUAAAUGUGGGAAAGUAGAUGAGCAGGUAGUGCUGCUGAAGCAGAAGCUGAGGAUGAUAUACCAUGGAGAGGUUUUUAAUGGCAGACCCACUAAAACUGCUCGCUCUCACGGCAAGAAGUUCCAGGGAAAUUUGGGCUGGGCCUACAUGCAAAAGGGCCACUACAUUGCAGCGGAGGCAGUGUACAAGAAGGCCCAAAUGAUUGACCCAGAUGCAAACAAGGCCUCAAACUUGGGCCUGUGUCUAAUAAAGAUGGCCCGGUAUGACGAGGCCCGUCUAGUGGUCGAGGAUAUACUACAGCGCAGGCUUCCGGGCUCCGACGAUGCCAGGGCAAUAAACCGGGCCGAGGAAUUGCUUUCAGAGUUGGAAUCAAGGCAGCCUCCCCCGAUUCUUUUGGAGUUGGCGGGCCUUAACAUGGAUGACCGUUUGGAGGAUGAGAUGGAUAGAUGGAUCCAAGAAUUGGGCCCGUCCAGAUCCAAAAGGCUUCCAAUUUUCGAAGAGAUAUCCACUUACCGAGAUCAAUUGGCAUGUUGA